GCACAGUUCAAUUCGUGGUGUAACAUGCGGUCAGACUGCGCCAUCCUUCGGCCGGAUUCGGUACCGCCCCGGUUCUCAUUGGAUAACGGAAGAUGACGAGUUUGUGCGGGAAGCUUUGAUCCAUGUGGGUGGUCCAGCCGGAUAAAAGUGUCGCUUCAUUCACAAACACCACUAGCCUGUUAAUUAAAUGAACAGACACGCAUUUAUUGAGUUAGUUGUUUUUUUUUUGGAAACAUUAGUGCAGACGCCUUCACUACAUGUUACACCAGAAGCUGGAUAAAAUGUACUCCUGAAGGGGUUUUCAGCGCCUGCAGUGUCGUGAUGAUUUUAAGAAAAGAAAAAAAAGCGCACACAUUGCAUGUACUACCAUAACAAGCUACGAGGGAAAUAUCUGCCACAGUGCUUAUAGAAGGGCAGCAUAAGGCAAAUCCCCUCGGCGACCACCCACACACUCCGGAGGAGUCUGCUGGGAGAAGGAGCUGAAGCGGAGGUGGGAGGAGGACGCCAUUGCAGCCGCAGCUGGCCGCCUGUGAAUCGGCUCAGACGUUACCACACUUCACGGUGUUCAGGAUCCUUCAAGAGGUUUUUUCGGGCUCAGCUCUCGGUUGGUGGAUGAUAGUGUAUAAAAAGACAAGUACGAUGGACGUUUUGUCACCGCGGAGGAGAAAAUGUGGAGCCACGGAGCCGAGCCAAAGCAGCAGUCUUCUAUCAUUCCUUCACCUGUCCAGUGGCCCAAUCUUUCACCAUGAACACCAGUAGGAAUUGCACCGCGGUGGGGAAUGGUGAGGGUCUGGCUGCCCUGGAGUCAGUCUCCAUUGUGACCAUCACGCUCCUCGCCUGCCUGGGGAACUUCUUGAUUGUGGCCACCCUCUAUCGCAGGCCUUAUCUGCUCACACCCAGCAACAAGUUUGUGUUCAGCCUGACCCUUUCCAACCUGCUGCUGUCCAUGCUGGUGCUGCCGUUCGUGGCCGUGAGCUCGGCAAAGAGAGAAUGGGUGUUUGGGGUGGUGUGGUGCAACUUCACCGCCCUGCUCUACUUGCUCAUCAGCUCUGCCAGCAUGCUCACCCUUGGAGCUAUCGCCAUUGACAGGUACUACGCAGUACUGUACCCAAUGAUUUACCCCAUGAAGAUCACAGGAAACCGGGCGGUCGUGGUCAUCGCCUAUGUGUGGUUACACUCUUUGGUUGGCUGUCUGCCUCCUCUGUUUGGCUGGUCCUCCUUCGAGUUUGACUGCUUCAAGUGGACCUGUGUUGCGUCUUGGCACAGAGAGCCGAGCUACACAGCCUUUUGGGUCACCUGGUGCAUCCUCCCCCCCCUUUUCAUCAUGCUGGCCUGUUACGGUGUCAUUUUCCGCGUUGCCCGCAUGAAAGCUCGUAAAGUACACUGUGGAACUGUUGUUGUGGCGCAGGAUGACUCCACUGGAGCCCAGAGGAAUGGACGUAAGAACUCAAGCACCUCAACUUCCUCUAAUGGGAGCCGGCGGAGCCUUGUGUACGCAGGGAGCCAGUGCAAAGCAUUCAUCACCAUAUUAGUGGUGAUAGGCACCUUCCUCAUGACCUGGGGGCCGUAUAUAGGCGUGGUGUGUACCGAAGCUUUGUGGGGACAGGGGAGUGUUUCCCAGGGGCUGGAGACUCUCGUAGCAUGGCUUUCCUUCUGCAGCGCAGUGUGCCACCCACUCAUCUAUGGUCUGUGGAACAAAACGGUGAGGAAGGAGCUACUGGGGAUGUGCUUUGGAGACCGCUACUACAGAGAGUCGUUUGCCACUCGGCAAAGGACGUCCAGACUCUUCAGCAUCUCCAACAGAAUCACAGACUUGGGUAUGUCCCCACACCUGACUGCCAUGCUGGCGGGUGGAGGGCAUCUGUUAGCCCCUGGGAGCAGCACAGGAGAUACUGGCUUCAGUUUCACUCAGGACUCAGGCACAGACGUGAUGCUGCUGGAUAACUUCUCCAUUGACGGCUCCUCCCACCAACAGCAGCAAGGGAAUCCGUCCGGGAAGAGGAGGAGCUCGGUCACCUUUGAAGACCAGGUGGAGCAUUCCAAAGCUGAAAACACCAACACAUCCUCAGUCCAAGUCCACGCAGAGGUACACAAAUCUCUUGACACUUUUGCCUCUUGCCUGGCAAAGGCUAUAGAGAGUGACGCUAAGCUCACUCUGUUUGGGGAGGGUCUGGCUCUGCCGGGGGGGCUGUUUACGAUGAGGGCAGCACCGAGACCCAGAUACCUAGACGGUCAGAGACUGAGGCUAGAGAGUAUCGAUGAAGGGAUCGUCAAAGACGACAGAGAUGAAGAAGAGCAGGACGUGGAGGAGAAACCAGCCUGAACACAGCUGGUCCGGUACCUUGAUGGACAUGCUUAGACCAUACUCAGUUUAUCAUUAGUGGACUGUAAGGGUUUCACACCCUUAACACUUUUAUAUGUGACCUCUCAGAGUGGAGCUUGUCCUGCUCUGUGGUACAGAUUAUGAAGUCUCGCUAUACAUAGGUACCCCAUACUUGAAAUUAUUAGGAAACAGGAGGAGGCACAUUAUUCAUUCCACUAUGUCGGACCACAUCAGUGUCUUUGCAAGCUUUUGUACGGAUUAAUGUAAUUAAAUAGGAAGCCUUAACUACUGUAACCUGUCUGAUUGUUGUAUUAAGAUGUUUACUACUAUAUAUUAUUGUUAUUGUAUGUCCUCAGAAAUAACAAGAAAACAUGCCUCUUUAGGGCUGGGCAGUAUGGAAGAAUACAGUCAUUUCUAUCCUCCAAAGGACUCGCAACAGUGUUAUCAGAUCUCUUUAAAACUUAUUCUUAAUUUCAUUAAGAAAAGUAUGUUUGAUUCUCUCGUUCAGGUACAGAUGAAGAGCCAAUUUGUGCUUGUACUGCACAUCAAUGGUCCACAUACACUGUUGUUUCCACUUAUUGUGCCUGAUUGGGAUAGACCUCUUUACCAAACUCUGUGGGUGUGUACAGAGUGUACUUGAUUCACACUCUGUGCCCUUUAAUGACAGCCAGUUUUGUACUUGAGUCAGUCUUACUGGUCCAUUAUGACCUCAGGUAGUUCCCAGUAUUGCUUCAUCCUCCUUUAUCCUGAUGCUGCAUUCACAUCACGUUGGAUGGAUGGGAAAAACUGUGUACAACUUGCAGGCGUUCACAUCAUCAGACCACUAAAGUGGUCAAAAUAAGUGCCAACACCUGUGCAUGUGUGCAGGCCUUUAACUUAAUAAUGAAUAUAUUUUAAAAGUUUGUGAGUCCUUUGGGAGAUAACAGUAAGCUUGUUUUUUGUUUGAACUGGGAACGCGGACAAGGUAGAUUUGUCUUUUUUAAAGCUUAAUGAAAAGUUAGUCAGAAAAUAACAGGUGUAAACUUGAAUGGCACUCAGAGUAUAUCCCUUUUUCCAAGGCAAAAUAUUAAUGAAAAUGUCAAAAAAUUCCUUGAUCUGCACCAAACUUUGGUGGGUUCUUCCCUUGCCCAUCCCUCCACCGAAUGUGGUGCAAAUCGGUUCUGUAAUUUUUGCGUAAUCCUGCUGACAAAUAAACAAAAAAACAUACACGGGUGAAAACACAACCUCCUUGGUGGAGGUAAUAAAAUGAACGACUUACGGCGACACUAGAACAAAGCCAUUGUACUUAACUACACCUUUGCUUUUCCUACUACGACAUGUCUAAAUGUCUGCCACUCAGAUGGAUUGAAAACACUAAACUAUAGGGCUUCAAUUAAUGGUUAUUCUCAUUAUCAAUCAAUCUGCAAAUUAUUGGCAAGAUUACUUGAUUUUUCAUUUUGUCUCUAAAAUUUCAGAAAACAGGUUUAAAUGCCUGUUAGAAUGUCCCACAGCCCAAUAUGACGUCUUCAAAUGUCUUUUUGUCUGACCAUUAGUCCCUAACCGAAAGAUAUUCAGUUUAUUAUCAAGUACGACAAAGAAAGCAUCAAAUCUUCGACCCUGAAGAGCUGGAACCAUUGACUUUUUGAUAUUUUUGCUCAGAUAAUGACAAAUGACUAGUCUUAUCAAAAUAGUUGACGAUUAAUUUUCUGUCAAUCAAAAAUUGAUUAAUUGACUAAUCAUUACAGUUCCACUAAAUUGGCUGUAGGUGUAAAUACAUAGGAAUGAAUAAAAAUCAAUUGGUAUAUGAAACAGACAGAAUUUCACGAUUGACUUGUGUAUUGAGAUCCAUGAAAGUUAUUACAGCGAUACAGUAUAUCUAUGUAUGGCCCAGCCCUGAGCUUCACCGUAUGAACAGAAUCUGUGGGCCAACAUUUGUAGUAUUAGUAAGAUACAUAAAGAGUGAGGUGUGUUUCUCAUUGUGUAGGUACCUGGAAUAACAACAGGUAUAUUAGAAACGGACAGUUCUGACAUUUCAUGAUAUUCUGCUACAGACGACUGUGGACAUGCACAGUAAUUGCACUUGAACAUAGCGUGUGUACUUGUUCUCACAGAAACCACUGUCGUUUUAUUUCAGAGAAAUGCGACCCAUCAGAGGCAAAGCAGUAUAAUAGCAGUGGUGUAGUGAAGACCAAAAACAAGCUCAUGAAUUAAUGAAGUCCAAAAUUAGUCAUUUGGACAGUAGAUUGGUCAGUAUAUUAAUGAAAAUGCAGUAGAAAGGGCCCGCAUUCUGUAAUAUUGAGCACAUAAUGGGCAGUGCAAAGCAACAAUGUCAGAAAUAAAUUACUGCACGUUGCUAUAUUGGUUACUGAAAGUCAGCUCACUGAAAAAGAUUGUGUUCAGUGUCGAAUCUGUCGUAAGGAAAAAAAAACUGGUCUUUAACUACAAAACUUAAUCUUAUUAAUUUGGUGGUACAUGUUGGUUUACCUCAGUUUAUACACUCCAUCGUUUCCAUUACUAUUAUAAAAGGAACUGUGAGAUUUAUAAUUAGUAGAGCACAAUUCUGGUGCUUCAGUCUUACCUCGUAUUUUCAUAUGUUUGAACAGGUAC